CCUCGCCAUCGUGCCAGGUGAGGAGGGUGCGAGACCCCGCCGGUGCGCAGCCGGGACUCCCGCCUCUUGCCCGGGCGUGAGUCAGCGCUUUCCCGGGGCAGAUGAGGAGGCCUCGCAGCCGGGCGGGAUACAAAGACCCGGGGAUUCGUUGCCUCCUCCCGCCAGGCGCCCCCUCCUCCUCCUCGUUAAUGAGUAACGACACAGCCGGCAGCGGGAGCCGCUCCGCGGCCGUUGGGGGGCUCUGCGGUACGUGUGGCCCCGCGGGAGGCAGGCCGGGACCGACUUCCCUAGGGAGGCCCCGCGGCGAGGUCGGCGCCCGGCCGGCCUCCCUCCCGCGGCUCGGCGGCCUCACCCCGUACCGUCCCCCGCCGCCUCCGCCGGGCCCGCCCCUCUCCCAGUCUCCUCCGCGGCUCCCCCCCCCCGCCCAAGCCAGGCGGAGCUGGAGCUGGGAGCGACGUCGUUUCUUGCCGCGGCCGCCUCUCCCGAGUGACCGAGGGCACCGGUGCUGCCCGGCGGGACCCCUUUUCCGGCCGCCGCCCGACCCCUAAUCCCCGCCGUCACUUCUGCUGGAGCCGGCACUGCCCGCGGAGCAGCCAUGAGCUGGGGCACGGAGCUGUGGGAUCAGUUUGAUAACUUGGACAAGCAUACACAGUGGGGCAUUGACUUCUUGGAGAAAUAUGCAAAAUUUGUAAAAGAAAGGAUAGAAAUUGAGCAAAACUAUGCAAAACAACUAAGGAAUCUGGUUAAGAAGUACUGUCCUAAACGUUCACCCAAAGAUGAGGAACCCAGGUUUACUUCGUGUAUUGCCUUUUUUAACAUCCUUAAUGAGCUGAAUGACUAUGCAGGACAACGAGAAGUAGUUGCAGAAGAAAUGGGACACAGAGUGUAUGGAGAAUUGAUGAGAUAUUCUCAUGAUCUAAAAACGGAGAGAAAAAUGCAUCUUCAGGAAGGGCGAAAGGCUCAACAGUAUCUGGACAUGUGCUGGAAACAGAUGGAUAAUAGCAAAAAGAAAUUUGAGAGAGAAUGCAGAGAGGCAGAGAAGGCACAGCAAAGCUACGAAAGACUAGACAAUGACACUAAUGCGACAAAGGCUGAUGUUGAGAAGGCUAAGCAACAGUUAAACCUGCGCACACAUAUGGCCGAUGAAAACAAAAAUGAAUAUGCUGCACAACUACAGACUUUUAAUGGGGAACAGCACAAACACUACUACAUUGUCAUUCCUCAGAUUUACAAGCAACUUCAAGAAAUGGAUGAAAGAAGGACUAUCAAACUUAGUGAAUGUUACAAAGGCUUUGCUGACUCUGAGCGCAAGGUUAUUCCGAUUAUCUCUAAAUGUUUAGAAGGGAUGAUCCUUGCAGCAAAAUCAGUUGAUGAACAUAGAGACUCUCAACUAGUGAUAGACUGCUUCAAAUCCGGUUUUGAACCUCCUGGAGAUUUUCCAUUUGAAGAUUACAGUCAGAAUAUUUACAGAACUAUCUCUGAUGGAACCAUCAGUACACCAAAGCAGGAAGGAAUGAGAAUUGAUUCAAAAACUACAGUGGGCAAGGCUAAAGGAAAGCUGUGGCUAUUUGGAAAGAAGCCAAAGCCACAAUCCCCACCCCUAACCCCUACUAGUUUAUACACAUCCAGUACUCCUAAUGGGUCCCAGUAUCCCAUAUUCUCCAUUGAACCAGUGCAUUAUUGCAUGAGUGACAUAAAAACAGGGAAGCCCAGAAUUCCUUCUUUCAGAAGCCUCAAAAGAGGGUGGUCGGUGAAGAUGGGCCCUGCGCUAGAAGACUUCAGCCAUCUCCCUCCAGAACAAAGACGCAAGAAACUGCAACAGAGAAUCGAUGAACUUAACAGAGAACUACAGAAGGAAACAGACCAGAAAGAUGCCCUCAUCAAGAUGAAGGAUGUUUAUGAAAAAAAUCCCCAGAUGGGUGAUCCAGGCAGUUUGCAACCAAAAUUAACUGAAACUAUGAGCAACAUGGAUCGUCUUCGGAUGGAAAUACACAAGAACGAGGCCUGGCUCUCUGAAGUUGAAGGUAAAGUAGCAGCCAGAAGUGACAGGCGGCACAGCAGUGAUAUCAACCACCUUGUAACACAAGGCAGAGAGAGCCCUGAAGGGAGUUACACAGAUGAUGCAAAUCAGGAAGUUCGAGGCCCACCACAGCAACAUGCACAUCCAAAUGAGUUUGAUGAUGAGUUUGAAGAUGAUGAGCCAUUACCAGCUAUAGGACAUUGCAAGGCAAUAUAUCCAUUUGAUGGUCAUAAUGAAGGCACUCUAGCAAUGAAAGAAGGGGAAAUUUUGUACAUUAUUGAGGAGGACAAAGGAGAUGGGUGGACAAGAGCUCGAAGACAUAAUGGAGAGGAAGGCUAUGUGCCAACAUCAUAUAUAGAUGUAACGCUAGAGAAAAACAGCAAAGGUGCAGUAACCUAUAUCUAACAGUAAAGUGGCAGCUUUCAGUUGUACAUUCCCCGGGGAAAAUAGUGGAAAAAUAGUAAGUUACACAGGUUCAUGGAAAGCAUUAGAAUAUCAGAAGUCAGCAAUGGUCUGCUGUUUGCAAUGUGAGUUUGCUAUAGUGUUUUUCAGAGAUGACCACAUUAAAUUAUGUAUCUUACACUGGUCUGUAAUUUUGACCAAUGUCUUCUGCUUUGUUUAACUGAUCUAGUGUUCCUGCUUUACGAAGCACUAAAUCCAGUUCAGCUAUUAAACUGAAAAAGACCAGGAUUUCUGCUUGUUCUAUAGAAUGCUUUGUUUUUAUAGAGAAAUUACUUAGUUUUAAAGAUCUCUUAAGAUUUACUGUUCCCACUUUUAUGACUUAAACUAUAUGCUUAAAACAGAGGGUUUUUUUCCUCUAAUAACUAACUGAACUCAGUUACUGAAAAUUAUUAAUUUCCUUCCUUAGCAAAUACUUGGCAGCUUUCACUUCUUAAAAAGGAAAAUGUUUUCUGAUUCUGAAAGCUCAACAAAAAUACUCAGGAAAAAACAUUACGAUUAAGAAGGACAGAAAGUCCACUGACCUGCCUCUCUCCUUCCUUUUCAGUACUUGUAAUGUAGAAUGUUGUGUAUUGGACACAACUUCAUUGUUUUAACUCUAGAUACCUUGAACAAACAAAAAAAAGAGACCACAUGUAAUGCUUGAUGUCUUACUGAAACCUCUCUCUGCUCCUGAAAAGGGAAUGAUACUAUAUUCUUAAUCUGUGUGCCUGUAAGCUAAGUCUUUGAAUUGUAUCAUGUUUAGUUUGAAAUCAAGGUCUUAAAUGUGCAGUAAUUCCCCUCACUGUUAAAUCACUGAGGAUUGGAAACUGCAUUGCACUACUUGAUUACUAGAAGAAAAACAAAAAAGCUAAUCUAAAAGAUGUAGCUCGUAUUUCUAAUGAGAGUUUGUGGAAUUAAGUACAAGGCUAAUGUAUAGCCACUGAGAAUGGCCUGUUAGAACUGAGCACGCUUCUCUGUCUUCUAAAGGCCUUCAGUAACUUUGUUCUUUUCUCUUUCCUCUUGGACUGCAGGUUCCUGAAGCGGGUUUCUGAGAAAAUGGGCGAGAUCUUGAAGGAGGUUACAUGCAGCUGCUGGGGGGGGUGGGGGGUGGGGGUGCUAGACUGGGAGGCCCAAGGGGAAAAGCUAGUUGCAUGAAUGCAUGCAGACGUACAUUUAGUCACUAACAUCUUAGCAUCUCCAUACAUAGGUAAGGAUGUAUUACAACUUCUUCAAUUUGUGCAGGAAAACAGAGUUCCAUUACCAGAGAAAAAAGGCUACUGCUCCUAAAAUUGCUUUAUUUUCAUUGUCCUAGGUUGUCCCAGAUGCACAAACUAUAGUUUAGCUUGUGCUAUGUUUUGGUUAUCUCAAUUAUGCUCUUUUCCAACUCCUUUUAAUUGGCAGUCAUUUAGAACCAUAUGUCAGUUAUCAGUCUGCCUGUGCCACCUCCAUGCUCGCCAUUAACCUCCUCCUGCAUGCCUAGGACAUUCAGGCAUGUCUGCCUAACACUUUGCCAUCGUUGCUUGUCUUAUUUUGUAACAAAUCAUUUUGUUUAAAUAUCCUCAGCACUAGAGUUUCAUCCCAGUAUCCAUGUAUGCUGCUAUAACUAUACCACUGCAACCAUCAUUACAUUCCAGUUUUUGGCAUAACUGAUAAGAAACCAUGAUGUAUUUGUGUUGAUAUGGGGAAAUAACACAUCUCAGCUCUAGCCUACGAUGCAACCAAUGAAACUCCUAGAACUGUGGUCCAUCUUCAGCACAUCAGUAACCUGUUGUGAGCACUGAAAACCUGGAACACCUCUGGAGAGAAUUCACCACUGCAAGCUAAUGACUGUUUUCAGAAGUCAACUACUUGCCAUUCAAAUGCUGCCUUAAACUAGAGUGCCUAAAUCUGUUGUUUGCCAACACUACCACUUACAGUAUCCCACAAAGGGCUUUGUGUCUCAGCUCUUUUCACAGUGCUGCAGCUGCUGAGGUAGCCACGGUAGGUGUUUUCUAGAGCUCUACUUUACUGGAUACAUGGUACAUCAUGAAUUUUAUACAUUGAAACGUGUAUCUCCAUUUGACUUUAAUAUUUUUUUAAAAUAUUUUUAUGGAAACUGUCUUUUAGUUUUUCACUAUGAAGCUCCAAUUUUAAUUACUGCAGUGCUAGUCCAUUUCCAGGUGAUGCUUCAUUGUAUGGACCAGUUGAAAUUUGAGUGAUACUUCGUAAUGAUCUAUGUGCACUUUUACUUGUAAACAAUUGAAAUUUGGAUAUGUUUAUACGUGUAAAUAUAGUUGUCUGCAGUGCCCCUAUUGCUUAUGUUGUCUUGCCUCCCAUUUGUAGCUCUAUUAAUAAAUACAUCAUAUCUGAUUUAUUAGAGUGAUAAGAAUUAGACUAGAGAUGUGGGGGGGAGGGAUACUUGUAUCAAAGCAAGCUUGUCAGCCCAGCCACCUGCUGUUUGGUGAAAUGAAAUAAUAUUCAAAACAUCCUGUUUUUCUGGGGUCUGAAGCAAUAUUUGGAUGCAGCAGUGCUGGAUUCUUUUUAAUUUCAGUGUUAUUAGGAACUGUACUACCAGUAAAACUGAAUUUGAGUGAUGUGUAGAGGUUUAUUCCUUUUGUUAUGUAUACCACUAUUACACAGCUUGACCUUGUGUAUUAUGGGGGCUAUUAAAGUUUAGAUUUUUUGAGCUUGUAUACAGGGUUAUUUAUAUAAUAAUGUGACAUUACUCAAUACUGACAAAACUACUUAGGUAGUUUUUGGGGUUUGGGGGUUUUGGGGGGGGUGUGUGGGUUUGGGGGUUUUGUUUUGGGGUUUGGUUUUUGUUUUGUUUUUUUUUUUUUUAAAUCAUGUGAUCUGUGUAUUUUCUGCUAAAGGGCCUGUGGUUUGCCUGGCUAACAGCCUUGCAGGUCAGUAAUAACACUUCCUGGUAAAGGACUAAAUGUUCUUUUCACGCUACUGUUUGUUUUUCUAAAACCAGGAUUUGCUUCCUUUGGAGGCAGGUUGCUUUCAUGAGGGAUAGUGCAACUUGUAUGAGGGUUAUUAAACAUAGGAAAAAGACAUUUGUACUUGCACAGCUAGUUACAAAUCACUUACUCUAAAAUUCUGAAUGUGAGUUGUCUUAAAGAAUCUUACAUUUUCCAGUAAUUUUUAAUCCUUUUUUUGUGCACAUGUUGAUUUCCUAAAUGUUAAAUGCUUUGUUUAAAAAUAGUGUUCUCUGUUGAGAAUAUUUUCAUGGAAUAAAAAAAAAUCUUUUCAUGGUCU